UCUCGUCACCCAUCCGCCAUCAUCGGGAUGAAGCAUCCCGCGAGAAUGACAGCGAGAAGAAAACAGGUUUUCGCCACUGAAGCUGUUCCCGGUCAGAACCGGGAUUGUAGAUCGACUGAUGGUAACGCUACCGGGUCAGUCGUUGGAACGCAUCCAACCGCUUAGCAGGUAUUUGUGGUGGACAGAUUUUUUGUUGGUUUUUUUGUGGGUGUGUAUAGAACGAUUCCUGCUGUACAACGUCACGAUGGGAAGAUUAGUGUGGUGUAUAUUAGUGAUGUGCUCCAUCGUGUGUCUUAAUACGACGGUUGCUCAGUAUCUUUCCAGCUGUCAAAACCCGGACGGUGAGCACGGAACGUGCGUGCUCGUACGCGAAUGUCCCUUUGCCCGGGCGUUGCUGGCGAAGCAGAAACAUUCGAACAAUGACAUACGCUAUCUGGAAGCGAUACGAUGCGGUACGCUCGAAACCAAAGCACUGGUGUGUUGCAAUGCACCGAACAUCACGCAGACGGACAAACCGGUUGAGGCGGAAACGAUUGCCGAACUGGUCGAGAAUCGGUUUAGCACACCGGAGGAAAAAAAAGGUUUACUACCGACCGAGUGCGGUGUGGAUGCGUAUCGUGGCCCGAACCGGGGUGAUCGGGCUAGCCUGUUUCAUUUCCCAUGGAAUGUCCUGAUUCAACAUCGCACGAAAGAUGGAGAGAAUCGUUUCCAUUGCGGUGGAUCUUUAAUCAGUGAUCGAUACGUACUGACGGCGGCCCGUUGCAUUAUGGGGAUUAAAAAAACAUGGACAAUUACAUCUGUACGGGUCGGUGAAUGGAAUUUGCAAACCGAUCCCGAUUGUACCGACGGUGAUGCUGAAUGUACCAGUCCCGUGCAGGAUAUUGCCAUCGAAAAAAUUACCGUACCUUCCAACUAUACCGGCACCGGUUCGCCGGCAGUUAAACAAGAUAUCGCCCUGCUACGUUUGGCACGCAAGGUAGAAUUUAAUGAUUCCGUCGCGCCGAUUUGUUUACCAUUCGAAACGACAUCGUGGACAAACUACAACGCAGAAGGUGGUCAGUUUUACGAAAGCGGUUGGGGUAAAACACCCGACGCUACUGGUGGUAGUGACAGCAAAUGGAAUUAUCCUUCGGUGGGUGUUUCACGAGAUGUGUGCCGUACCCAGUACCCACACGCCAGCAUAGAUGACGGCAAUAUUUGUGCUAAACCACUGCACGAUCAGGACACGUGUAGGAGAGAUACGGGCGGUCCACUGAUGUACUCCCAUACGGAUCGUGCCUGGUAUCUGGUGGGUAUUGCCAGCUUUCAGAAGCAGUGUGCCAUCAUUGGGGAGCCUGCAGUGUAUACGAAUGUGGCACCCUUUACCGAUUGGAUUGUUGACAAUCUUGAACCGUAGAAUGUUUGUUUCGGCUGGUGGUGGAUGUUUAAAAAAAUGUAAAGCACCCACCGCUUAGUAUUUUUACUUAAUUAAACUUUUACAACUCAAAACUGUUUGCCGUGUAUUAUCAACAAAUUCUGAAUAAAAGCUAUUAAACCGUGAAACAAAUAGAAGCAAAAAAAAAGAUAUUUUACGGUUCACUUA